UCUGUGGUGCUCUAUGCAAUUCUAGUGCUGUUUUUGUUGGUGAUGAACUAUUAGAUGAUGUCGGUGAACAUGGUGUCUGACAUCAGUCCAGCAGGGGGAGGAAGAGAGCCACAUUCUGCCACAGUGGGAGGUAGUAAACCCCUGCACCGCUUCAUAAGAGGGGAGCCGAAGAGUAUUGGGAUUGUAAUGCUGUUCAUGGGCUCAUCACUCUUCAUCUUGGCGAUUCCCAUGAGAAUGGAUCCACUGGAGUCCUCUGCGGAGAAUUUCACCUCUUUUUGGCUAGGAAUCCUGUUUAUCAUCUGUGGGCUGUUAUACGUGCUCACAGAGAAGAAUACUUCAAAACAAUUGGUGACAGCAAGCCUGGCCCUUAGCAUCAUCUCUAUAUUGGGGGUCACAGUGGCUUUCUUUGAAUUCCUUAAAGGCMUCCUGAAUUUGCAGUAUUACCAUUACAGCUAUUAUCAUUCCUACUAUGAUGACAUCACAAACUCUACCAGAGAUGAUGUCCCCUGGCGUAAACAUCAUACGGGCCAGUUGCGCAGCCUUGAGGCUGUAUUCAUGUAUCAGAGCUUAGUGGGAAUGUGUUCCUAA